AUGACUCCUAAACCGCGUUCUAAAACCUUCACAGGAUGCUGGACAUGUCGGUCUCGCCGUGUAAAGUGCGAUGAGCAGCGGCCCAGCUGUCAACGGUGUCAUCGCAGUGGACGGACAUGCCAAGGGUACGGCGUGCGGUUGGGAUGGACCAAUGCCCCGGGAACUGCAAUACAGCGUCGGCUGCUGCGCUCUUCAACUAGGGCUGCGUCGGAGUUGUCGCCGUCUGCUGUAACAACGCUUUUGAGUGACUUGGACCAUUCUUCGGGGAAAGCGAUCGCUCAGCGAGGGCCGUUUUCGGUCUUCUCUGUCUCUGUGUCGGAAGACUCGAGUCGAAAUAUACGGGUCUACAGUCCCCGCGAGUCAUCGACGGAAAGCUCUGUCAGCUUUCUUCCACAUCAACACGAUCUCUCCGUAUCAUCGCAUCCAAAGGCAUCGCUGAGGGUGCAGCAGUUAGCCUUUCCGGAACCUCCGAAAUGCGUCCCGGGCGAAGAUGUGCUCAGUGAGAUUGACCAGACAACACCAAGCCUAUCACCGAUGGAACGUAGGCGAUCCUCUGAUAUUUGCGCAGCAUCCACACACAACAAGGUUCGGGGGUACUUAUUAGAAAAGACCCACAUCCCAUCCUCGCUGAAUCCUACGAAUAUGGCUACCCCUGAAAUCGAAUUGAUCCAUCAUUGGGUCGUCUUCCUUAGCGGAAACCUGAUCCUGAUCGACUUAGCUGACAAUCCAUGUCGCACGGUUUUCAUGCCACUGGCUCUCAAGGGACUGAACUCUUCCUCAGCAGAGUCUAACAUGCACCGUGCUGUCUUCCAUGGACUGUGUGCAGCUUCCGCUUUUAGUCUCUAUCAUCUUCGCAGCGAAUCCAAGUACCAGUCUCUUGCGGUUCAGCAUGACCAGCAGGCUCUACAACAUCUGCGACAGAACCUUCGUCCUGGAAGCCGACUAGACGAGACAACUCUUGUUGCUGUGCUAACGUGUAUUGCGGCUGAAGCCAUGUCUGGGCGGCGCAGCCGAUGGAGAGCUCAUGUUCUUGGCGGGUUGGGAAUGUUGGAAAAUGAGCUUGAUGGCGAGUGGCUGCAGUCACCAACAGCGGCACGCUUACUUCAGAGCUACUUGUCCCUCUCAGCACUGUGCAAUUUCCGGAUGUCGGCUCAGUUGUUGGCGUUGCUGAAAGAGCUUCCAAAUAUACAUAACUAUCUGGAGCGGUCGCAUGGUGUUUCACAAUCACUCGUGCAAUUUUUAGCGGAGAUGUCUGCCCUCAGGGAGUCGCCUGGUCAGACUACAGUUGCGGAACUGGACCAUCUGGAGCUGCAGCUUUAUCUCCAAUUUCCUAGCCUGCAUUUACAGGAAACACCUGAGUCAAUUGUCAUCCAGCAUGCCCUGAAUUCAUUCUACUACGCAACAGUUAUCUACUUUCGCCGUACCCUUCGCCGCGUCCCUGUGACAGAUGUUCAAGACCUUGUGGAGAAAGCGGUACACGAUCUUGAAGCCGCUGAGACUCUUACUCACAGGAAAGGCGGAUGUGCCUAUAAUUGGGCAAGCUUCGUGGUUGCCGCAGAAUGCAGCCGACCCGAUCUACAAGAGAGGAUGUUUGUUUUAUUUGAUCGUAAACGUCGUCACGGAAUCAAGAACAUCCAAUCAUUGUGCGAAAUCGUUACGACAUUGUGGCAAAGGCGAGCAUCUGCGCCUGGAGUAGACAUUCAUUGGGAGGAGAUUGCUAACGAGGCUGAUUAUGAUAUCAUGCUAGUAUGACUACGUUGCAGAUGACAAGAAGUUGUAUGUGUCCGUUCCGUUUCAUAAAGUGUAUCCGCCAUCCACCACCAACGCAGUACCACACACAAAACUGCUCAUGGGCGAGGCAAGAUAGAGGAUGGAGUCCGCAAUCUCUUCAGGAUCGGCGGGACGACCCAAUGGAGUUUUCUCGAACUCGCUGUUCAUUGAACCGC